AUGGCCAUCGCGUCAGAGGGAAUGAUGAAGACAGCCCGUAGAACGGGCAUGUCAAGUCGCAAAAUAGCCGUUUUGAGCACCGUUGGUGUUAUUGGCGGCACUAUACUCUUCUUUCAAUACCUCAAGGGAGGCCAGAAGAUCGUGACUGCUAAUGAACACCUUGCCGUGAGAGGUGGCAAUGCUGAUCCGGGCGCGCAGACUGAUCAAGGGACAACCAAGUCGGCUCCACGAGUGAGGUUGCAUAGUCGUAACGAGAGAUAA